AUGAGCAAACCGAACGGUUCUGCUGACCCUCCCGCCGACAAAAGCCAGAAGAUCGAGACACAGCAGGACAUGGUUGAGACAAUCAAAAAACUUCUUUGGCAGAAGACAGAGCUCGACGUAAGAGCCACCGCAGAUUCGCUAGACAAAAAAGAUGUGGACUUGGCGGCAAUCAUGUCGGAUGAGCACGUGCAAAGGGAGCUUCACUCGCUCGAGCGCACCGUCGCUGGCUACAUCGGCAUAUGCGAGGAUAGAUUGCGGCAGAGGAUCGAGUAUCUGGUCGCCCCAGAGAUGCUUGCGGAGCGAAGAAACAUUACUAGCGAACCAUUACCUGAGUCGAUGAUCGUGGACGAGUCUUUUGUCGACGAGGCUUUUGGUCUCGGCAAAUAUUCCAUCAACGCUAUUGACCAAAAGCCUCAAGAGUUUGACCUUGAGGAGCCGAUUUUCACCGAGGAGGAUAUAAAGAGCAUACAGGACCCCGCGAAUCGUGAGGGGAAGGCACUCUACUUCUUCUACGGCACCCUCAUGGAUCCUGCCACCCUUCAGCGCGUCACUGGGCUCCCUAGCGCUCCCCGAAUGAGACCUGCCCAUGUAUUAGGCUACACCACAAAACUUUGGGGACCGUUUCCUGUCUUACUGAGUGGGCGUAAGGAUGAUGUGGUCAGAGGCGUUGCGUGUGAGAUUGAGGGUUCAGGGCCAAAGCGCCGGCUGGAGGACUACGAAGGAAAGGAUUACGACGAGUGGGAUCUUGACCUGCGGCUUGACAAGCCAGACGGCACAUGGGAGAAGGCUUUGGGGGUGACGUUCAAAUGGGUAGGGCCAAGAGAUGAGCUGGAGGAGGGGACUUUCAGUUUGAGUGCGUGGCAGGACAGCUAG